AUGGCACCCCCAAGCACCCCCAAGAAGUCUGUUCGCCGUCCUCCUGGUCGGCAUCAAACUCGAGACCUCCCCCAGCUCUCUGUUGCACCUCAAAGUGUACUAGACCAGAGUUGUCCUCCACCCGCUUUCCGACUCCCCAACGCGUCUCAGCGUCCCACAGAGCCUCAGAUCGUACAGCAGCCUCAUCUUACCACUGAUUUUCAGUCCUUCGCUACCGGUGGAUCAUCAUUUGGUGAUUACUACACAUUCGGUACUGCGUUCGCCUAUACGGGUGAUUUUGAGAACGCAAACCUAGAUCUCGCCCAGCCUUUCCCUGCUUUGGGUCUUCCCUCUACAAUUCAUUCUAGAGUUGACACUACACCUGUUGAUCCCCAGCUAUCUUCGGGCGGCUACCAGGUCUCAACUCCAGCUCAGACUACAACUUCUCAGCCCCAGGGUAAUCCUAAAACCAACCCAGCGGUCUCUUCUGUUCCGCAGGUCCCUACUCACAAGCAACUUCAGCCCACAGUUGAUGAGCGGGUCUUGACUCUGCCCUCUACCGUUGCGCAGACCCCAAGCCAAGCUACCCCUCUGGCUGAGUCUACUUCUGUACCUGCCUCUGCACCUGAGGGUCUCUCGGAGCCACCUCCUCCAACGACUGGCAAGCGUGUGCAGAAGGGACAGCCAAAGAAGCCUCGCAAGAGAAACGUCAAUCAAGUUGACGGUCAAUCUGCUCCUGGACCAGCUACCAACAAGAGAGCCACUAGCAAGUCCAAAGAGGCGUCUGAAGAUCAGCCCGAGGAGCAAUCUAAGGCACAGCCAAAAAAGCCUCGCAAGAGAAACGUCAAUCAAGUUGAAGGUCAAUCUGCUCCUGGGCCAGCUUCCAAAAAGAGAGCCACUGAAAAGCCAGAGGAACAGUCAAACGAACUGCCAAACGAACUGUCAGAGGAACAAGCUGAGGCAAUUCUUUCGAGCGACCAAGUCCCUCAAGUUUUCAGCAAGUUAAAGCAGACCAGACAAAGCCGAAUCAAUCGGUGGACACAGGCCUUUACCGAGACGGUGGAACACAAUCAAGUAGAGGCUGAAGCCUUAAUUGACAACUUCCAACCAGUCCAACCUCAGCCAGCUACCCCAGUUGUUGACCUGACUGGCGAAGGUCCUACUGAGAAGCAACCUGCGGAAAAGCAGCCCGCCGGAGAUCAACCCGCCGGAGAUCAAUCUACCGGAGAGCAAUCUGCUAUGGAUCAAUCUGACGGAGGUCAACCUAUCGGAGACCAAUCUGCCAUGGAUCAGCCUGCCAUGGAUCAGCCUGCCAUGGAUCAGCCUGCCAUGAAUCAACCUACCAUGAACCAGCCUGCCAUAAAUCAACCUACCAUGAACCAGCCUGCCAUAAAUCAACCUACCAUGAACCAGCCUGCCAUGAACCAGCCUGCCAUGAACCAGCCUGCCAUGAACCAGCCUGCCAUGAACCAGCCUGCCAUGAACCAACCUACCAUGAACCAACCCGCCGGAGAUCAACCUACCGGAGAGCAACCUGCCAUCAUGCCUCAAGGCAUGCCUGACUUCAACCAAACUGCAGUCAAUAAUGCUCAGAACCAAAAUCCUGUUGCCAGAUCUCCAUGGCACUAUGCCGACAAGGACGUCCGACGCAAGAUCAAGAUUGGCAACGUUACCCUUUCACGUGCGGGCUUGGGACUUCCCCAUUUCCUUGAUAGAGAUCAGAUUCAUCGUCGAAUUUCUUUGAUUGAUCAAGAAAUCCAGAAUCAGAGAGGCAGAGCACCUAUCUUACCCCCAUCCGAGCUUGCUCAACCUGGUCCAAAGCCUUUCACCCCAAAGGCCUACAAUGUACCUGCCAGCAUCAAGGAUUCUCGAGUUCGCCACUUCUUCGACAAGAAAAACCAUGAUCUCUGCACCAAGAACAAGCAGAUAGAUUUGGACAGGAAUAAUCAAGCUGCUAAGGGCACGCGAUCCCGUCGUGAAGAGGCUCUUGACAAGCACCGCGAACUUGCUAACGAGAUGGCUAUCGAACUGAACUGGUGGCGUAUCAAGGCCAUUUCUCUCGGUGCUGAUUUCAGAGAAUGGGACCAAGUCCCUGAUACUGUCAAGAGAAACAUGAGAAAGGAGAUGACAGAGAGAGUAGAGAAGCUGGAAGCGGCCGCCGCAAAGGAGGCAAAGAAGCAAAGAUCGGCCAUUCACUCUGCCCGAACCAAGGAGAACGCACGACUGUCAAAGGAGGAUGAGGCCCGAAAGAAGCAGGAGAUCCAGGAAGUCGCUGCCGCUUAUGCUGCUGAAGACCAUGCUUUGAUCGAGAAAAUGGCUGAUCCAAACUACCAAGCAACGCUCCCCAAAUCUUCAUCCGCCGCCGCGGGUCGUAACACUACGGCCAACGGUCAGAACUCUAACCGCAAGAAGAGAGCCAGUGCCGUUGAUCCAGCCACCGAGACCAACACCGCCGCCAAUGCGACUGCGGCUGUUACUACUGAGACCGUGGCAGACACUACCAACAAUGCUGGUCUUGACGAUACCAUUGCCCCUGGCACCAUGGCGACUGACACCAUUGCCCCUAGCACCAUGGCUACCGACACCAUGGCUACCGACACCAUGGCUACCGACACCAUGGACUUUGGCAGUAUGGACUUCGGCAGCAUGGAUUUUGACAACAUGCCCCCUGCUGAUCACACACCCUCUUACGACAUGCCUGCUGGCGACAUGCCUUCUGGCUAUAUUUCUCCUUACGCCAUGCCUCCUGGCAACACACUUGGCUUUGGUAAUGGUGCCCAAGUCAACACCAGCAUUGCUCCUCAGUUCAACAUGACUUCUGCGCCAAUGUACGGCGGUGCCAGUGUUGAGAUUGCGACCUACCCUGACACUCAGAACAAUGCUUUCGGAAACGUUCAGACUCAUCACCAGCAGUCUUCGGUCCUUCCUCAGCGAGCCAACAACUGUCAGGAACUUAGACGACAACCUUCUAACGUCACGAUGUUUGAUGCUCAGGACGAGGCGAUGCAGCCACUCGACCCUAACAUGGGGGCCAUGAUGGACGAAACCUCCCCCUAUUGGGAGACAUCAAACGCCCCUAGCUCAAACACCCUUACUUCAAACAUGCAUCCCAGCUUCCAAGGUCCUAUGGGGGAUGUCAGCACUCUCCCACCUAACACAAUGAGCCACAGCAUACAUGGUCCUCUGGGAAUUCCUAACGAUAUCGGCCAGAACUCGGACAACCUUGCGGACGGCAUACCUUGGUACAGUGAACCCGAAGUCCUUGUCAGUGCAUUCCUUCCCAGCCUUCGGAAGAACCAAGACCAGAACGAGUCGUCCACCAACGGCAAGGAGAGCACCGAUCAAGUUGACACCAGUGCCGACUCUUCCGCAUACCCUGAUCCUAUCGAGGAAAGCUACAUGUCUCGAUACCUCAACCUGUCACCAUAA